AUGGAUUGGUUACAACAGCUACCUCCAGAUUUAAAGUCUCAAAUAACUAAUAUAAUAAAUAAUGAUCAAUCAACUCAACAAACUUUUAAUCAAUUAUAUGAAUAUUUCGAAACAUCAAAACGUAGAAAAAUAGCAAAUGGUAAUGGCAAUAAUAAUAAUGAAGAAGAAGAUGAUACAAUAGAAGGAGGAUAUGAAGAAUUAACACCAUCAUCAUCAGUUCAUCCAGAUUCAAUUAUAUUUGAAAUUCAACAAAUUUCAUUUAUGUCACCUUUAAGAAAAAAAAUGAAUUUAACUUUCCAUUUAAUAGAACAAGAUAAUCAAGCUAUACCUGUAUUAUCAAUAGUUAAUCCAAUUACAAAUGCUCCUGAAUUAUCAUUUAUAAAUUUAUCACAAGCAAUAAAAUUAUGUUUAGUUUUACCAGUAUUGGGGAAUUCAACUAAUCCAACAAAAAAGGGAGUUUGUUAUUUAUGUUUUUGGAUUCAUGAUUCUUAUUAUACUGAUUUAAAUGUUUCUAAAGAUCCAAUUAUUUGUUUAAUGUAUUUAGAUCAAAUUAAAAAACAAAUGAUUAAAAAUGGGAAAUUACAAAGUAAUAUAGAUACACAAUUUGGAGAUUUAACACAAUAUAAAAAUGAUGUUAUAUUAAAUCCAGUACAAGAAAGAAUUUUAGAUUAUUUUAAAAGACAAUUUAAAUUAUGUGGUAUAAAUUUAAUAAAUUAUUUACCUUGUGAAACAAUUUUUAAAAAUAAAUUUUUAUUAAAUAAAGAUUCAGCAGUUGCUUUAACAAGUGGUGAAAAUACAACAAAUCCAUCUAUAAUAAUAAUCGAAUGUCAUAAAGGAGCAAGAGAUGGUAAUUUAAUAUUUUUAGAAAAAAAUGAAUAUAAUAAUGCUUUUAUGAUAUUUGCAUUUAAAAAACCAAUUUUAGUAUUUCCUAUGUCAAAAGUAUUAAGAGCAAGUUAUACAAAUAUAACAAAACAUAAUUUUAGUUUAAAUGUUGUAGUAUUAAAUGAUAGAAAUGAAGAAAGACCAAUUGAAUAUAGUAUGAUUGAUGUUGCUUAUUUUCAAUUAAUUGAUGAUUUUAUUAAACGUCAUGGUAUAAGUGAUGAUUCUUAUAAUGAAGAAAAUAAAGAAAAAGAAGGAACAAGUAAUGCUAAUGUUAAUGAUAAUAAUAAUAAUAACGCUGUUGCUUCUAAUGGAUCUACUGGGUUAAGUGCAAUUGAAGUUACGAAUGUUGAAGAUGAUGACGACGACGAUGAUGAAGAUUUUCAAGGUGGUAAUGAAGAAGAUGGAAGUGAUGUAGCAGAAGAAUUUGAUAGUGAUGCAGAAGUAAGUGGAGGAGAAGAAAAUGGUCAAGAAGAUGAUGUAUUUAUAAAAUCAAAAGAAGAAUAA